ACAGGCAGUGAUUUGAUCCGCCGGUCAUCUGACCUGAAAUUACAGAAGGCCUGCCUGCCUCCCUGCCUACCCAGAGCUGGGCAGACUGCUCUAAAUAAAUCAUUUCUUGUUACGCCUGCACAAAAUGGACUUCAGCCAUCUUCGACGCGCUUCAUCUGCCGGCUACCGGCUACCGCAACGAGGUCGAGGAAGCAAGCCGAUAGCAAAGCAAGCACCCGCGGCCAAAAGUCUGCAGAGAGGAGAAGAGCCGACGCACUCGACGCGGGAUGCAGACGCGAGUGAUCCGCUCCAACGAGAUCAAGCGUGGAAAGAAAUGGUGUGGAGAGAAAGGAGAGCAGUGCUAGAAUGGGACAAGAAUUGGAGUUUCCUGCGGAAUUAUGAUCAGAUGGGAGAGCUAAAGACAGAAGAAGCUCCACCAUCGCUCUUCUCAGAUUGUGCCCCCAACACAACUAACCAAAUAUUUGGAAACCGAUUGUCGACACCACUGGGACGUGAAGUGAUGAGACUAGACCGACUUUUAUCCUGGUCUGCAGGCCAUCACAAAUGCAAACCGGAUCCAGAGAUGAUGUCAUGCUAGAUAAGUCACUUCAUAUUUGCUCAUCUUGAUGCAUGAGUUGAACAAGUUGGGCGAUUAUGAUCCUCACAAACAGUUGUGUUUUGCUCGCUUUUCAACUCGCCAUAACUGCUUUAUUGCUCAUCGGAAUGUAAUAGUUGCAAACAAUUGAGUCACAUGGAUUAUUGUUGUUGUUGUUUUUCUCAAACGGAUGUCUUUAUUGCCACACAGCUACUCCUUCUCCAGGUGUGCCAAAUGUUGUUCUAGGCUUUGGCAUGUCUUAAGAAAUCCAGAGUUUCAAAUAAUGAUGAUAUAGUAACAAUAGAUCGUUUCAGACACUUGUGUUUAUCCCAGUGCAUUACAAUUUGCGUUGCAUUCCUCAUUUCUUUUCUGACAUUAAUUUGGCAUGGCCUGAAUUAAAUCAAUAAUAGAAUACAGUUCGUAUUAUGAUUCAUCAUCUUUUGAAUAUGAAGUAUGCGGAUGUCAGCGCGUGAUUGCGAAAGGACUUGAAUUUGCAUAAAAGAAGCGAGAGGAGUUUGUCUUCAAAAUAAAAGUAUUACGUCCAAGUUCAGUCAGAAUGCUAUUGUAUUAAACCAUGCCAUAUUUUAUUUUGAAAUGUAAAGGAAAUGACGCGCCCCGAGAGAGCGAAAGCGCAUCUACUGGUCCGUGGCAUCCCAAGCAAUUUCUGGUUGAUGCUUUAUGUAGGUCAGAUUUCGGAAUUUCCCAAUUGCAACCAUUAAACAAGAUGCAAUCUGAAA